UGACUUACUGUUAUCAUUACUUUGGAACUUUGUUCUCUCACACUUUUGAGAGAAUUAGAAAUCCAAAAUCUCUGUCUCAAAUCUUUUUCAGAGUUUUUCCAAUCAAAAGCUUGAAGAUCCCCAAAAGAAAAAGAAGAAGCAAGAAAAUUUCACUGAAUUCCAUGUCAGAACUACCACUCUCUUCAGCUCAUGUCUUUGUUUUGGGUGUUUUCUUCAUCUUUUGCCUUGCUUCAAUAGCAAAAGCUCAGAAUGAAACUCAAGCCACUCUAUACCCCAAUGAAGCGAAUGCUUUGAACACCCUGUUCGCGAAAUGGGGUAUAAAGGCGGACACAGAGCAAUGGAACAUAAGCGGAGAGCCAUGUACUGGUGCCGCCAUAGAUUCAAUCCUAUUCACAGACAGUGGCUAUAACCCCUUAAUCAAAUGCGUUUGUUCUUUCGCUAACAACACUCGUUGCCGGAUUGACCAAUUGAAAGUUUACUCAUUGGGUGUUGCUGGUUCAAUUCCAGAUGAGUUAUGGGAGUUGGACUACCUCUACAAUCUGGAUUUGCGCGAAAAUUACCUGUCAGGCUCGCUGCCGCCGGGAAUUGGCAAUCUAACUCGCUUGAAAUACCUGAGCUUUGGCAACAAUGGAUUAUCAGGAGAGCUACCAAAGGAACUGGGUGAACUUACAGAAAUGUUAUCCUUGUCUGUUUCGCAGAACAAUUUCUCUGGUCCUCUGCCACCUGAACUGGGGAAUUUAAAGAAAUUACAACAACUUUAUAUUGAUAGUUCUGGAGUUAGUGGUGAGAUUCCUUCAACAUUUGCUAAUCUACAGGAAUUGAUUACUGUGUAUGCAUCGGACAAUGAACUCACAGGAAGUAUACCGGAUUUUAUAGGAAAUUGGUCAAAGCUAAAUACCUUGAGGUUACAAGGAAAUGCUUUCCAAGGUCCUAUACCAUCAACAUUUGCCAAUCUGGCUUCUAUGGUAGAGUUGCGUAUAAGUGAGUUAUCUAAUGGGAGUUCUUCUCUUGCAUUUAUUAAGGAUAUGAAGAAUCUAACCGUCUUGGUGCUGAGGAAUAACAACAUAUCUGAAUCAAUUCCAACUGAUUUUAAUGAAUACCCAAAAUUGUCACAACUGGAUUUGAGCUUCAACAAUGUAACUGGGAAGAUUCCGGACUCCCUUUUCAAUAUGAGUUCACUCAAUUAUCUCUUUCUUGGAAACAAUAAGUUGAACGGUACCCUGCCUGCUCAAAAAAGCUCAACUCUACUCAAUGUAGAUUUGUCAUACAAUUUUUUAGUGGGCAGCCUUCCUUCUUGGGUCGAUCAAGAAAAUUUGCAGCUUAAUUUAAUCGGCAACAACUUGACGCUAAACAGUUCUGCCAGAAGUUCUCUGCCUUCAGGGUUGGAAUGUCUUCAACGGAAUUUUCCUUGUAAUCGAGGCCAACCAAUCUAUUAUAACUUUUCGAUCAAGUGUGGUGGUCCUCAAAUUACAGCUUCUGAUGGUAUUGUGUAUGAGAGAGAGAAUGAGACAGUCGGUCCUGCUUCAUAUUAUGUUACCAACACAAAAAGAUGGGCAGUUAGCAAUAUUGGAUAUUUCACCGGGAACAACAAUCCCCGGUAUCAAAGUUCUACACCAUCCCAAUUUACAAAUACUUUAGACUCAGAACUGUUCCAAACGGCAAGGCUUUCUGCCUCCUCAUUAAGAUAUUUUGGUUUGGGGCUUGAGAAUGGUAACUAUACUGUGAACCUUCGGUUUUCAGAAACAGCUUUUGAAGAUGCUCAAACAUGGAAAAGUCUUGGAAGGCGUGUAUUCGAUGUCUAUAUCCAGGGGAAUCUUGCUCUCAAGGAUUUUGACAUACGAAAGCAGGCUGGUGGGCUCCUAUCCCAAGUUGUUGUGAUGCCACUUAAGGCUCGUGUGACAGAAAAUUACCUUGAAGUUCAUCUCUUUUGGGCUGGAAAGGGGACUUGCUGUGUACCUACACAAGGUACUUAUGGACCUGCAAUUUCAGUCAUCAGUGCUACCCCAGAUUUUCUACCUACUGUCAGUAACAAACCUCCAGCCAUUAAAAAGAAGGACAGGACUGGUCUCAUUGUGGGGGUUGUAGUUGGUGUUGGAGUUCUGAGUUUUCUAUCUGUUUUGGUGGUUUUCAUUAUUGUCCGAAGAAGGAGAAUGGCUUAUGACGAAGAUGAAGAGCUCUUAGGGAUGGAUAUCAAACCAUUCACUUUCAGUCAUGAAGAACUAAAGUUGGCCACAAACGACUUCAAUGCUGAUAAUAAACUGGGAGAGGGAGGAUUUGGACCUGUCUACAAGGGAACACUUCAAGAUGGAAGAGACAUUGCCGUGAAGCAACUAUCUGUAACAUCCCACCAAGGAAAAAGCCAGUUUGUGGCAGAAAUUGCUACUAUAUCUUCCGUGCAACAUCGUAAUCUGGUGAAAUUAUAUGGAUGCUGCCUCGAGGGAAAUAGAAGGCUCCUUGUUUAUGAGUAUCUGGAAAACAAGAGUCUUGAUCAAGCAUUGUUCGGAAGCAAAAGCUUGGAUCUCAAUUGGUCAACUCGUUAUGAGAUUUGCUUGGGUGUAGCGAGAGGUCUAGCUUACCUUCAUGAGGAGUCACGGCUUCGAAUUGUUCAUAGAGACGUAAAGUCCAGUAACAUUUUACUUGACUCUAAUCUUGUCCCCAAAAUAUCAGAUUUUGGUUUGGCCAAGCUCUAUGAUGACAAAAAGACUCACAUAAGUACACGUGUUGCUGGAACAAUUGGUUAUCUUGCACCGGAGUAUGCCAUGCGUGGGCACCUUACGGAGAAAACUGAUGUUUUUGCCUUUGGUGUUGUGGCUCUGGAAGUUGUCAGCGGUAGACCAAAUUCUGAUCCCAACUUGGAGGAAGAACAGAUAUAUCUUCUUGAAUGGGCAUGGAACCUAUACGAAGAAAAACUCGAACGUCAGCUGGUGGAUUCGAAAUUGUCAGAAUUUGACGAGGAAGAAGUAAAACGGCUGAUAGGAGUAGCUCUUCUGUGCACUCAAACAUCACCAUCACUAAGACCAUCAAUGUCCCGAGUGGUGGCAAUGCUUCAAGGAGACAUUGAAGUGAGCUCUGAAAUCUCAAGGCCUGGAUAUCUGACUGACUGGAAAUUCGACGAUGUAAGCAGCAUCGUGAGUGUUGCUGUAUCUAAAGGAACUGAAACUACAUAUUACAACUCAUCUGUAGGCACAAGCAUAGUGGCAGAUCAAGAAGCUUCAUCGCCUGUCAGUGCCAGUGAACCCAUAAUUAUCCACUCCAUUAUUAAAGAGGAAUAGUAACUGAAAAUUUUGUUUUCUUGUAUGUUUGCUCAUUGGAAAAGUUAAUUUUAUGAGUUGCAGACUACUUUUUGUAUUCUUGAUCAUGGUAUAUGAUCAUCAUGUAAGUAUUCAUAAAAAUUUUAGGUCAGACAAUUAUAUAUAUAUAUAUAUAUAUAUGAGUAUGAAAUUUGAGUGACACCAUUAGCCAAUCAUUUGGUUGAUGGUGAAACUUUGGUCCUUAUUGAGAGUGAAGUAAUUGUAAAUAUAGAAUUUCUCAUUUUCUUC